CGAUGUGUCGUUGUUGCUGGUUAUCAUUCGCGUGAUCUGAGUGCGCGGCACAGCGAGCGCUUGACCCGGGGUCGAACUCGGGGUUCGGUCUGCCGGGAGCGAGCGAGUGACCGAGAGCGAAGGACCGAGUGAGGGCCAAGCGAGGGACCGAGUGACCGAGAGCGAAGGAGCGAGCGAGGGACUAAGCGAGGGUUCGAGAGAGAGCCGAGGGAGCGAUCGAGGGAGCGCGCUUCUGCUGCGCACAGGGGGAGGCGGCGCCUCGGCUGAACCGCCCUCAACCAACCCCAUCCCCGCUCCGAGCGCGCGCGUGUGCACGCUGGCACCACAUCACUCUCCCCUCUCUCCUCCGCAUCCAGCCUCCCUCCCUCCCUCCUCCUCCUCAUCCCCUCCCUGGCGGCGCGGGGAGUGAGUGGAGUUGGUGGUCGUGGUCGUGGUGGUGGUCGUGAGCGUCGUGCGUGAGCUUCUCCGAACCCCGGGGUUUAAUCCCCGCGAGCCGAGCGACCCCAAGGGGCCUUUUGAGUUAUUUAUUUAUUUUGUCAUUUAUCGGAAGCUCCGACUUUGUGCCAUUUUGGUGCAGGUCCAUCGCGGAGUCGGUAUGGGAGAUGCAAGGCGACUACUGGUGGCGUUGGCGAUGGUGCUGGCCACGGUGAUGCAUUUUGUGGAGGCUGGAGUGAAGGUGUUCCCGGGAGCGUGCGGAGGCCGCGACUGCGCAGGAGGAUGCAAGUGCUUCCCCGAGAAGGGGGCGAGGGGGCAGCCCGGCAUGCUGGGCCCUCAGGGACCGAAGGGAUUCCUUGGCACGCCGGGGCCCGAGGGAAUUCCUGGGCCCAAGGGCCUCAAAGGGGACACGGGGUCGCCCGGCCUGACAGAAGGGGACGGAGACCCCGGCCCUAUUGGAGUACCUGGGUUUCCUGGAAUUCACGGGACCCCUGGUCACCCGGGGCAGCCGGGCUCACGGGGCUACCCAGGGGCCGACGGCUGUAACGGCACGCGAGGGGACUCGGGCCUCCCAGGCCAGGGUGGCUCACAUGGAACACCCGGCCAAGCGGGAAUUGUGGGACCUAAAGGCCAGAAGGGAGACCCAGCAACCCCUCCUCCUUCGCUCAAGGGCAUGAAGGGCAUACGUGGGAAGCAAGGUUCGAACGGCCUCCCGGGAUCAUCCAUUCCGGGUUUUCCAGGUCAGAUAGGACCGAGGGGCCCUCCUGGAUAUCCCGGCACGCCAGGGCCACCGGGGCUUCCGGGCGAGAAGGGGAACCGUGGCGUUGAGCUGCGCGGCAUGACGGGAGAGAAGGGAGAGGUCGGUCCCCCCGGGCCCCCCGGACGCUUCGCCGUCCCGCUGAAGGGGAGCCGACCCAGCUACCUGCUCAAGGGCUUCAAGGGCGAGCAGGGAGAGCCGGGAGCCCAGGGCUUACCGGGAAAGAUCGGAGAGGCUGGACCUGACGGUCCUCAGAGUGCUGCCAGCGGGAAGGGAGAGAAGGGAAUCACGGGGCUGCCGGGGUCCAGGGGAGAUAAUGGUUUCGAUGGAACUCCUGGCUUUCCUGGCCAAAGGGGUGUCAGCGGUGUCCCCGGAGUCCCGGGUAAAGACGGAAAACCUGGGGUGAAGGGGGACCGAGGGAGUGAAGGCGCCCCUGGGCCUACGACCUACAUCACAGGACGGGAUUCUAUACGAACAGGCCAGACGGGAGAACCAGGUUCCAAGGGCCCCACUGGACUACAGGGGGAGGCAGGGUCCCAGGGCCCGCCAGGCAACGCUGGCCUACCUGGUCCCCCAGCCUUUAGCCCAGCCCCAAAGGGGUUGCCUGGAAUCUUCGGCACGCCCGGCUACGCGGGGGAGAAGGGCGACCCUGGCCGGCCCGGCUACGGAUUGCCGGGUCUGCCGGGCAGGGACGGCCUCCCCGGAGAGCCCGGUUUGCCUGGCCCGGCGGGCCUGCCCGGCCUCUUCAUACCAGGAGAUAACACGAACAUCACUCUGCUCAUUGGUGCACCCGGCAGCCCUGGCGCGAGCGGACCCAGCGGCCACCCUGGAAUAAAGGGGCCCACAGGUGACCCAGGAGAUUGUGAAUGCGGCGAUGGGGAUGGUCCAGGCAUGCUGAAGGGCCCGCCCGGUCCCCCUGGGUUCCAAGGUGACCCCGGAAGCCCCGGACUCCAGGGCGGCAGGGGAGACGCAGGGAGCCCUGGGCCCCAAGGGCUGCCGGGUGCAUCGGGGCCCAGCGGCUUGCCUGGACGACCUGGACCCCCAGGGCUCAAAGGGAUAAAGGGCGACCCCUAUAUUCCAACAACCAAAGGACAGAAGGGGUUGCCGGGAACCGCGGGAGAGGACGGAUUCCCAGGGCAGCCCGGCCUGAAGGGGCGAGACGGAACGCCGGGGCGACCGGGACCCAAGGGCCCGCCGGGCGACGGUGGCCAAGGGCUGCCGGGAGACGAGGGCACGAAGGGCGUCCCUGGGACGUCGGGUCAGCCCGGGCCUCCGGGCCCGCCGGGCGACGGCUUUCCGGGGGCCGUGGGGCCUCGUGGGGACCCUGGGAGUCCCGGGCGCGAUGGCCCACAGGGGCCACAGGGAAACAAGGGCCAGGCAGGUGAUCCGGGCUGCUGUAACUGCACUGAAGACCGGGUGGGGCAGGGAGGAGAGACCGAAGAGUGCAUGGUGCAACCUCCGAGGGGAGAGCCUGGACCGCCAGGCCUGACCGGACCUCAAGGUCCCAAGGGCUCGCCGGGGUUCGCUGGGGAACCGGGGAUGCCAGGGUUCAAGGGCAUUCGGGGGCAGCCGGGAGAUCCGGGUCCAUCCGGGGCCAUGGGGCCUCCAGGAUCCGCGGGAGCCACGGGGGAUAGGGGACCCCCAGGCUUCCCCGGCCAGGAAGGUGUCCACGGGCGACCUGGUAAAACUGGCACGGCGGGCCCACCGGGGAGGAGAGGGCCACCGGGGGAGGUGCGCGUGGGCCAGCCGGGCUUGCCCGGAGAGCCGGGACGCACGGGGCCACUGGGGUCACGUGGGGAGAGCGGUCAGCCCGGCGUGGAAGGGCAGAAGGGAAACGACGGCACUGCAGGGCGGGCGGGACUCAAAGGGCCGAAGGGCGACUCUGGGCAACCAGGACAGCCGGGCCGGCCGGGCCCCGCAGGUCCUCAAGGGGGCCCGGGCCUGCCCGGGACCUCGGGCUCCACGGGGCCACCUGGGCCAUUUGGAAGACCAGGCCCUGCUGGACAGAAAGGCAGCCCUGGUGACGAGGGCUAUCCAGGCCCACAAGGAGCGAAGGGACUGACCGGGCCACCGGGUUUUCCUGGCCCACCGGGAAAGCUGGGCUCGGUAGGCUCCUCGGGAGUGCCGGGCAUCGCUGGGAUGCCCGGGAAGGACAGCACCAAAGGUGCCAAGGGCAGUGCGGGCAUGGCUGGAUUCCCCGGGGUGCCCGGGGCAAGGGGCCCACAGGGCCUCCCAGGCCAGAUUGGCCCACAAGGCCCAGUUGGCAGCAAGGGCCUCCGGGGCCAGACGGGCAGCCAAGGGCAGAAGGGUUCCCGCGGGGAGGAGGGCCCCCCUGGACCCCCGCCAGUUUUUCUCAAGGCGGAAAUUAACGGCAUUCCGGGAGACCGGGGAGAACUGGGAACGCCGGGCGUUUCUGGGGAAACAGGUGAAAAGGGGAUGCCCGGAUUCCAGGGGAGCCCGGGAAUCCCCGGCCUCCCAGGCACUCCCAGCUUCAACAAGGGGGAGGUGGGAGCGCCUGGCAUCCCGGGCAAACCGGGCCUUCCCGGCGACGUUGGCCCUGCCGGCACCCGUGGCAUCUCGGGAUUCCCUGGCAUGCCGGGACAGCAGGGUGAACUGGGCUCUCAGGGGCCUUCAGGCCCACCAGGAAACGAUGGACUCCAAGGCCCAAAAGGGGACCCCGGAGAUGCCACUGCCAUACCUGGAAGCCCCGGGUCAAGGGGCGAACCAGGCUUACCUGGGCAGCCAGGUGGGCAUGGUUUUGAGGGCGACCUGGGCCAGAGGGGACCGAGCGGACUGCCGGGGGUUCUGGGUGCCAAGGGGACGCGGGGAGACCCCGGCCGUGCGGGUGCAGCCGGGUUCGCUGGAAAUCCAGGCAGCCCGGGUUUGCUGGGCGCCGCGGGGUCUGAGGGCCAACCAGGGCCUCGUGGCACUCCAGGCCCGACAGGACCCACCGGGCAAAAAGGUUCCCGUGGAUCUCCGGGGACGGACGGACUGGAUGGAGUCCCCGGGAAAAAGGGGCUCCAGGGAUCUCCGGGCUCCUCGCUGCCCGGAUCUGAGGGCCUCAGUGGUCCCCGUGGUCCCAAGGGCGUGCCUGGGAUCCCGGCCCUGGGAAUCGGUCCCCAGGGCAUCCCCGGGGAAAAGGGAGUCAAGGGAGACAUUGGCUGCUCUGGUGAACCGGGUGUCGAGGGUCCCCCUGGUCCCAUUGGAGCUCAAGGUUUCCCUGCUCCCCUGCCAGGCGAAGAAGGGGACCAGGGUCCCCCAGGAUCACAAGGAUUUCCAGGUCCAAGAGGCAAGUUUGGGCCCUCCGGCACACCCGGCCUCACUGGAGCGAAGGGGGUGGGGGGGCCACCCGGAGAUAAUGGGCCGGACGGCCCAGCAGGGCCCGCGGGCAACAGCGGACGACCUGGCGGGCCAGGCCCUCCUGGGAUCGCCGGCCUAAAGGGACCGCGGGGAGACACUGGCUCUCAGGGUCCCACCGGAACGCGGGGUUUCCCGGGCGAUCCAGGAUCCGCUGGAACAAAGGGAAGCACGGGGCCUACAGGCGUAGCGGGCGGCCAGGGCCCUCCAGGCCCGCCCGGGAAGCCAAUGAAGGUCCAAGCGGCGCGCGGGUCCAACGGCCUUCCCGGCACCCCGGGUCAGAUGGGCUUCAAGGGCGACGCUGGAGCCAAGGGCCUGCAGGGCCAGUCAGGGGAUCGGGGCAACCGUGGGCUGCCCGGCCUGAACGGUCGGGACGGGCGGCCCGGCGCCGCGGGGUCGCCCGGUGACCCCGGCAACUCGGGGUUCCCCGGGAAGAUCGGGCCGCAAGGCUCAGCGGGCCGGAGCGGAACUCCGGGCCCGGCGGGGAUGCCGGGCCGCGGCAUGAACGUGGGCUUCUUGCUCGUGAAGCACAGCCAGACGGACGGCGUGCCCAUGUGCCCCGUGGGCAUGGGCCGAGUGUGGGACGGCUUCAGCCUGCUGUACGUGGAGGGCAGCGAGAAGGCCCACAACCAGGACCUGGGGCUGGCCGGCUCCUGCCUGCCGCGCUUCAGCACCAUGCCCUUCGUCUACUGCAACAUCAACGAGGUGUGCAACUACGCGUCGCGCAACGACAAGUCCUACUGGCUCUCCACGACGGCGCCCAUCCCAAUGAUGCCCGUGGCCGACGACGACAUCCGGCCGUACGUCAGCCGCUGCGCGGUGUGCGAGGCUCCGGCGCAGGCCAUCGCCGUGCAUAGCCAGGACGUGAGCAUCCCGCCGUGCCCCGUGGGAUACCGCAGCCUCUGGAUCGGAUACUCCUUCCUCAUGCACACGGCCGCGGGCGCGGAGGGCGGCGGGCAGUCGCUGGCGUCUCCCGGCUCGUGCCUCGAGGACUUCCGCGCCACUCCCUUCAUCGAGUGCAACGGAGCCCGCGGCACCUGCCACUUCUUCGCCAACAAGUACAGCUUCUGGCUCACGGCCGUGGAGGAGGCCCAGCAGUUCGCCGACGCGCCGCGCCCGGAGACGCUCAAGGCCGGGCAGCCGCGCACCCGCGUCAGCCGCUGCCAGGUGUGCAUGAAGAACCUCUAGCCGGGACGACGCCAUCCGCCUGCCCGCCCGCCGGCCACCCACGCGUACGGGCAGACUCGCCGGGCCGCCGGUUCCCCCCCCCCCCCACGCCGUCUCUCUCUCUCGUUCGUCGCACGCGGCUCGGUCGCCUCCGCCGCUGCCGGAGGAUUCGCGGCAGUGGUGGCUGGGUUUGGGGGGGGGGGGUCAAUGUAAAAACUAGAGAGGUCGGGGGGGGGGGCACGGCACCGUCGAUGUUAAGCAAACGUGAGCCAGAGGGAGUCACGAUAGGAUCGGCUUUCGUCUGCCGUGCAUUCUACCUGGGGCUGUCUCACCCCGCCGCCCGUGUGUGGAUAGGGUAGGGGCUGUUCAUGGUUAUGGGAUUUCGCCAAACCGGGGAUAAGUUUGAAGGAAAAAACGCUACUGGUGCUAAAUAUUUUACGGACAUUUUUUUGACUUGACUAAGAAUAUAGAAGGGGGGGAGGGGGCUGAGCCUCCAGCUUGGGGUUGCUCAGCCCCCCGGCCCCACCACGCCACCCCUCCACACCCUCUCAGUCCCCCCACGCACCCCAAUGACGCUACAGGGCUUAAACCUUGUCUCGGCAGAAUCUCCUAAAUUAUGUUACAUCGUCUUGUCGUUGAGCUCGUUUGGACUGCAAAGCAGGUAAAGAGUGUGCUGUGUGCCAGGCUGACCAAAAUGUGGCGGCUGUAGGACGCUGUCUGUCGCAAAAGGGGGGUGGGGCGGGAGGGAAGGGGGGUUGGAUGGGGGGUGUUGAUGCCAUCGAUGAGGCCCAGGAGGUGCCAUGGUACAUGAGCCACUCCGUUUGGAGGUUGAGCCUCGACAACGUUCCGAGCGAUCGUUCCCAGUUGCCGCUGGCUGCUGCCCGCUUCACGAUGCACGGCGCUGGGGGAGUGGCGAGCUCACGGCACACGCACGGCCGUGUGGGUACCGGUGGAAGCGCCAACGCCGCCCGCCGCCACCGUACGGGCAGCUUUGUGUCCGCCCGCUCGUCCCCCAAAUCCUAGAGGCGUCAGUUCGUCCGCUACCGCAAGCCGACGUGCGUGGACACCAGCCGGAGUUGUCUCCCCAACGCCGAGGAGGAUGUGGGAUGGCUCUGGAUGCAAACCCAGCGUUACCACUCCAGUCACCACUGUUGUCAUCGUCGUCGUCGUCAUCCGGACGUGGCCGUUACGGUUGUUGCUUUUGUUGUUGCUUUUGUUGUUGUUUUGUUUGUUGGCGGGGAGACUCGCCUGGGGCCGAGCUUAGCCGCAGGCCACGAUGUCGCGACACGCGCGUGCCCACGUGCUCACGCACACACCUACGAAUGAAUACGCACGUGUAUAGGCAUACGCAUGAGCACGCGUACACACGCAUGCAUCAUAAUUACGAAAAUGUUAUGUUUAGUUUUAUAUACAGCGUGGUCGUUCAUUCGAAUUGCAUCCCACAUUCGCUGAUGAACCGAGUGGGAAGGCAACAGCCCAAGCAGUGAGCUGGUACCAACAAUAGCCCACGCUCUACAGUGCUCUAUAUAUUGAGAUGUUUCCAGCCAAUCAGCGAGUGUCCAUACAUAUUGGAGGAAACUGGAGCAUCUGGAGAAACCCCCCUUGUGCGCAAGGGACCAAAGAAGGGACAGAUUAUAUUUAAAACUAAACUUUUUAUUUUAUCAGGUGAGGCCCACUGAGCUAUGUAGCUCAUUUUUAGAAGCGACAAAUGAUAGCUCAACGAAGUGGUUUAUCACGCGGGAAAUUCUAGUAGCCAAAUACUCUCGCUGCUUCCACCGGUGCUGGAUUACAAGCCACGUGCGUAGCCACCACCGCCCGGCUACAUGCAUGCUCAGACACUCAUGCGUGUGUACACGCGUAUACAUGCGUGUGUACACGUGUAGGCAUGCGUGUGUACACGUGUAGAAAUGCGUGCACUGAGACAUGUGUUAGCGAUCGCUGCAUUGAGCCACUGAUAGUGACAAUCAUGCCAAUAGUUCAAGAAUGUUAUGGAGGCAUAAAAAUGGGCGCAGGCGUUACAGCUCCCCGAUGUGUAUUCGGUGCGGUAUGGCCUUGUGUUGCGCGUCACGAUGUCCGACGUUUCGCCCCACGUGCUGGGAGCUUCCUGAAGAAGCGUGUGAAGCGAAACCUCAGACAACACUCGGUACAACCCUAAAAAUACAUCCGAGAGCUGUACGGCGGCACAACCGCGAUAACCCCGCGCAGUUUGAACUCCGGCCUUCGUGCAGCCACAGCAGCAGCGUCAGGGCGCCCUGAGCCAAAGCCAUGAAGAGCGACGAUCAACGCCUACAGCUUGACAGCAGAGUCCCUGUGAUGGCCACACCGAGGAUGAUAAUCGCACUCAGCCAAAGAGCAGGGAGGUGCGAGAGAUCGUCGUCGUCGUUAUAGACACCGGGCAGUUUGCUUGCCGAUAUCGCGGUCCACAUUUGCCAAAUAUGAAAUAGUACCCGCCAAAAAAACUCAGUUGGCGAUUACGCUAUGCAAUGGUCACCUACCUACUGCAACAACAAACAAU